CACUGAUUGGCAGCACUGAUAGGUGGCACUGAUUGGCAUUGAUAGGUGGCACUGACUGGCACUGAUGGGUGACACUGAAAGGCAGCUCAGAUGGGCACUGAUAUGUGGCAUUGAUGUCCACUGGUGUGCACUGAUAUGUGGCACUGAUGGGCACUGGCACGAGGCACUGAUAAUCACUGACAUAAGGCACUGGUGGACACUGACAGGUGGCACUGCUGGGGCUACACUGAUACUGAUUAUCGGGGUGCACUGAUCAUCAGUGCCCUGAUGAUCAGUGAGAGAAAUGCUGAUAACCGGCAUUUCCCUGUUUACAUGUGAUCAGCUGUGAUUGGA